AUGUGCAAACAAGCAGUCUGCGGCACUUGCUCCAAGAGCACUUGGUGGGGCUGCGGCCAACACGUCCCGAUGGUCAUGGACUUGAUCCCAGAAUCGUCUCGGUGCACUUGUGAACCCAAAAUCGAAAGAGAGGGCAAACAGUACCCACCAAUGGGCAAGCAACCUGGAUCUUAA